GGGACCCAGGGACGGGUCAUCGGGGCAAAGCCCCUCGUUCUUCUGCCCUAGCGAUGGGCGGGGGGCUGCCCCCUUGCAUCGCCACCCAACACUAUGAUGUCAUCACGCAUCACAAUCCCGCACCUUCUAUAUCUUGGGGGGCCGCACGGCGGGGCCGGCAGAAGGCCGGGGACCGGCGGCAGCAGCAGGCAUGGCCAGGGACCGGCGUGGCCGCAGCCGCCGCAGCCGCAGCAGCCGCCGGAGGAGAACCCGCUCGAGACAGAGGCGGCAGGGCACCAGGAGGCGGCUGCGGACCUACGGGCGGAGGAGGCGAAGCCGAGGUCGCCGGUCUCCGAUGAGGAGGAUGAGGAGGAGGAGGAGGACGAGGAGCGGGAGAGCACUCUAACUGCGGCGCCCGCGUCCUCCCGCGCAGGGGUGUCCGGCCAUCGACCGCCGCCUGCCCGGGAGCCGACACGCCGUCCCGGGAAGCCGGAGCCGCCCGCCCCAGGACACCUCCUGCCCGGCCUGCGAAUAAACUGCUGCACCCACCUUCCUGCCCCGACCCGUCAUUAG